GCUUAUUUCAGGUUUUGUUGGCCACUCAUUUCACGCAUUAGGCAGAGCGCACACACAAACAUUCACACACACCAACAUACACAAAAUAGAGCCUGAGUUUGAACAUUACGGAGAAAAUGAGUGCCACGUUUUACAUUCUUACAGUCUUGGGAGCCCUGUUGGUGCCAACAUUUGCUAAGGAAGGGCCCGGGAAAGCUCCUACUUUAAACAUUACUACAACCCUUGGAGCAGUCUUGCAGAACCAGGAAACUGAUAAUACGACUGGCUCAAUGAAUGUGAGCAGUGAAACCGUUGAUGAUGGCACGACCACAACUGAAAACUCUACCAUCAACAUCUCAAACACUCCUACGCCACCAGAGGAAGGAAACACCCCAAGGGAUAAACCUUUUGAAACAACAACCAAGAAAAAGAAAGACAUGCUCACACCUGGACCAACCGCCAACCCUACAACCAAAAAGAAAAGCACCACAACCAAGAGCACAACAGCAUCCACAGACUCUCAUACACAACCAUCAAGGUCAGUGUAUAUCGUUGUCUUGCUUGUUGUCAUUUUGAGUGUUGCUGUUAUUGGCAUCAUCUUCUUCUGUGUUAAAAGUAAUCGCAGGAGGUUCUCUGUAGAUAUACAUGCCAAAAAUGAAGAUGCUGAGAUUCCACUUGCUUCCGUGGAGCCAGAAAUGUGCGAUAGCUCACCUAAAGACAUGAAAACAUUUACGGCUGUUGAGGGGUCUUCACCGACUGACACCGUGGAGAAGACUGAAGAAGGAAAAGCUGAUCAGCAGGUUAAAGAACGAUCAGCUGAGUCUCAGACCACUGAAGCUCCUGCCGAGAAGCUGGCCGGGCCGACGUUCUUGGAUGUAAAUGAUGGAGAUCCAACAGCCUCCACCAAGACCUCCGUGGAGACUCUGAAUGACGUGCUUAAUGAGAACAACAGCAACAACAAUGCAGUGCAUGAUUUUAGCUUCAUUGAGAUCUGCCUUAAAGACUAGUUCUAAGAUGGGCUGAAGCUGAAAAUGCAGUGACCAAAGAGGAAAUCUCUCACAGAACUUACAGAAAUGGAGGAAAAAGGGGGAAAGUAUGCAGAAAUGAAAUCUAUACACUAUAUGGCCAAAAGUAUAUGGACACUUGACCAUCACACCCAUAUCUGGUUCUUGUUGCCACAAAGCCACAAAGCUGUAAGCACACAAAUGUCUAGGAUGUCUUUGUGUGCUGUAGCAUUAAGAUUUUCUUUUACUGGAACUAAGAGGCCCAAAUGUGUUCCAGCAUGACAAUGCCUCUGUGCACAAAGCAAGGUCCAUAAAGACAUGUUGUGCCAAGGUUGGCUUGGAAGAUCUCAAGUGGCCUGCACAAAGCCCUGACCUCAACCACAUCAAACACCUUUGUAAUAAAUUGGAACUCCACUUGCACUCCAGGUCUCCUCACCCAACUUCAGUGCCUGAUCUCUUGCACUCUUGUGGCGGAAUGAACACAAAUCCCCAAUACUCAGGUGUCCACAUACUUUUGGCCAUAUAGUGUACUUGCCAAAGGUGUGUUUUAGUGUCUUUGCACAUUACUUCCAUUCAAAACAAAGAAUCAAGGAUUUAUUACAUUUAAUGAACACUUUCAAACUUAAUGCAAUUUGUAUUAGAGUGAGAGUGUUUAUGAUUAUCAUACAAUGCAUUUAUAUAUAGUAUGCACAUAUUAUAUUAUAUUAUAUUAUAUUAUAUUAUAUUAUAUUAUAUUAUAUUAUAUUAUAUUAUAUUAUAUUAUAUUAUAUUAUAUUAUAGAAAUAUCCUUACACUUCUUAACUUCUUACAUGAAAAAAAAAACUUUGUAAAUAGUAUGCAAUAAUUUAAUAGUUAAUAUGUCUCUUUAAACUUGAGAUCAGGUAGGCUUACUUGAUCAGACUUUGACAUGAUGUACCAUUUCACUUUUAAUGCACUUUAUACAUGUGCACUUAUAGUUAAGAAAUAAAACAUGAUGAUGUUCAUGUGAUGCAUUACCACUCCGAAAUUGAUUAAUUUUCCUUUAACAGCACAUCCCGAGGCAAUUUCCCAAUUAUUUUAAUUUUUAUUUAUUAAAGAAUGAUGUCAUACUUUUUAAUCCAUUUACAGUUACAUUUAAUGUUGUGGAACAUCCACAAAACAAGGUAGUUCAUGUUAUCACAAACAUUAUAGCAGCUAUAAACAGUCAUUCUCUCGCAUGUCUCUCGAAGGACAAAGCCAUUCGUCCUGAAGACUUUCGCAGGUCAGAAAACUUACCUCUGACUGUUACAAAGAGCUAGACACUAGAGACUCCUUCCAUUAAUGCGAAAUAAUGAUCUCCUCAAAGGCUUCACCAUAUAAUAAUAUAAUUACACACACUUUCUAAAUCUACAAAUCUAAAGUCUAUAGAAACCUUUGGUUUGCCUUAUUGCUGUCACAACUGUGUGAGCUGCUGUUAUUGAAAACUAAUCAACAUCUGACCUGAGAAUUCAACAGCACUGUGGCAUGAUAAUAAAUAGCUUACAGAACAUACCUUCUCAGAGAAACAUGGCUUUAUUUUACUUUCAUUUACUUUUUUAUGUAUUCCAAUUACUAUCUUUUUUCCUGUAAUUUUACUUCCUAUUACUUUUGUAAUGCACUAUGGUAGGUGUGUCUUAUAAACCUGGUCUUUCUGUUCUCAAUUUUACUUUGUAAUGUGUUGGAUGCAUAUGUGUAUAAUGUUUGGUUGUGUAUUAAAUGUUAUGUCUACUGUAUAUAACCUUGAACUCUAUAGGUAUAUGUAAUUAUAGGUUAGUUUUACUCAGAGUUAAUACCACUAUAUAGUUAAUACCACUAUUAAGUUCAUUGGUUCAAACUGGAAGGCACGUAGCACCUAUAUUUGUGACAUAUUAAACUCACUGACCCUGGAUCAUGCCAAUAUAUCCAGUAACUUGCGGUGAGCAGGGUAAACCUGAUCAUGAGACCGAUAUUUGGUUAUCUGAUAUUUGUCACUUUGUUUCUUUUUCUUUCAGGAAGUGGUAGUCUCAAAGCUCCAAACUUUUAUUAGAAAUUGUUGUAAACGGAUAUCUGCUCUAUAUGGCUGCUGCUGGGAGACAGUUUGCUGUGAGGCAAGCAGCCAUAAAACCGCUUCCAUGCUUUAUAGCUGAUAGGAAGUUUAGAUAGUAACUUACAAGCUCUCUCUGCUUGCUUUAUGAGGUGUCUCCUCUUGGCCAUGUAAUGUGGGAAACUUGCAUUCAAGUUUGUAGUUAGUUACAAAGCACUCAAUCCUAUAGCUGAAUUAGGUUUGUAGAUGGAAAUGAUUAUUACUUUGUUGUUCAGGUUUGUGAAUAUGAAUUAUCAAAGUUGCUUUUAAUCCGGUUUUACAUUGUUCAAUUUUAGCCUUUUAACAUUAUAACUUGUCACAAUGUAUAAGAUGAUCCCAAUAAAAUGUUGCCCAAAGGAAAAGACUAUGUUCUGCUUACAUCAUCAUCUUCAUCUUCAUCAUCAUCAUCAUCAUCAUCAUCAUCAUCAUUGUGAGCCAGGCUUGUGCAGAAAUCCGGCUCACAUAAACAAGUCGUGCUACAAAGUGAGCUUAAAGUAAUAAAGAAAUUUGUUCUGAAAUGAAACCA